CUACACAUUAUUUUCUUUUGUUUGUGGAUCAGUCAUCAAAAACAGUGAGCACUGCAAUACAGUCCAAAAAAGAAAUUGUUCAAAAAAUCUAGUGCUUUACAAUACAAACAAUUACAAAAAUGGCAGAUUCGGACGUCGUAGAUUUAGAUUUAACUAUCGAAGAUUUGAUACCCAAAAGUCCUGAAAGACUGGCAGAAGAAAAGAAAGAAAGUGGCAAUCAUUUGUACAAAUUUAAAAAUUACAAGAGUGCGCUGACUAUGUAUGAUGAAGCAAUAAAACUAUGUCCAGAGAAUGCUGCUUACUAUGGCAAUCGGUCCGCCUGCUAUAUGAUGUUGGGCAUGUACAAAAAAGCCCUUGAAGAUGCACAGAAAGCAGUCUCACUCGAUCCAACAUUCACAAAAGGCUAUAUUCGUAUUGCUAAGUGUUGUAUAGCACUGGGCGACAUGUCCGGAGGGGAGCAAGCGGUGGCCCGUGCGAGCGAGCUAGGCGGCGCUGAGUGUGCGGCGAGCGAGCGGCGCGCACUGGAGUCGCUGCGGCGGCUGCACGAGGACGCGCAGCGCGCCAUGGAAGCCGCGGACUACCGCCGCGUCGUCUUCUGCAUGGACCGCUGUCUCGAUUACAGCCCAUCUAGUACCAAGGCGAAGCUCAUAAAAGCGGAAUGUUUGGCUAUGCUUGGGCGUUGUCAGGAAGCUCAAGAGAUCGCAAAUGAUUCUUUACGAUUCGAUAGUCUUGAUGCCGAGGCUAUAUAUGUUCGAGGGCUCUGCUUAUACUUUGAGGAUAAGGACGAACAAGCAUUCAAGCAUUUCCAGCAAGUAUUGAGACUAGCACCCGACCACAAGAAAGCUAUGGAGACAUACAAAAGAGCCAAGUUGUUAAAACAAAAGAAAGAAGAAGGAAAUGAAGCAUUCAAAAUGGGACGAUGGCAUCAAGCCCUUAAUUUAUAUAACGAAGCAUUGAACAUCGACAAGAACAAUAAGGCUGUAAAUGCCAAACUGUAUUUCAACAAAGCCACUGUCUGCUCCAAGCUGAACCAAACCAAGGAGGCGGCUGAAGCUUGCACUGCUGCUCUCGAACUAGACGAAAACUAUGUAAAGGCUCUACUCCGCCGCGCUAAAUGCUACACCGAACUCGGUGAAUUCGAAGAAGCUGUGAAGGAUUACGAGAGACUGUACAAGAUUGACAAGAGCAAGGAGAACAAACAACUGCUGCAGGAAGCCAAGUUGGCGCUAAAGAAGUCCAAGCGCAAGGACUAUUAUAAAAUACUGGGAAUUGAUAAGACGGCUUCGGAAGAUGACAUUAAAAAGGCUUACAGGAAGCGAGCCCUCGUGCACCACCCCGACCGCCACGCCGGCGCGCCCGACGGCGAGCGCCGCGAGCAGGAGCGCCGCUUCAAGGAAGUGGGCGAGGCGUACGGCAUCCUCAGCGACCCGAAGAAGCGAGCUCGCUACGACCACGGCCACGACCUCGACGACGACAACACCGGCAUGGGAGACAUCGACCCCAACGUGGUGUUCCAGUCAUUCUUCAACCGCGGUGGACAACACUUCAACUUCGACUCGGGCGCAGGCGGCUUUUCCAAUGCCGGAUUCACCUUCCAGUUUGGUUAAACUGCCGACCGGCAACGCAACGUGACCAUAAAACCAAGAGUGUACAAUUAAAACUAUAAUUCGUUGUUCCAUAGCUUUUCAACUAAUUCGAUCCCAUCACACAAGUCAUUCCAAAAUAUUGAACAAAGAUUUUAAUCAAAAUUUUAUGCCUUUCUAUAGAAUAUUUUCCCAAUAUCAAAUUAAUUGUAGUUUAAAAAUGUCUUUUGAUGACGCAAGUCUUAUAAGGGAUAAUAAAGGAAUAACUAAGGUUUAUAUAGAUUACAAUUCAUAUUCUAGUAAUUCUAUUUAUAUAAUUGACUGAUUUGAUUAAGUAAUUUUAAUUUUCCAUUAUAAUUUUUUAAAGUGUU